AUGCAAAAAUAUAAACAGCACAAAUUCAUCGCCCGCUUCUUCAAACAGCCGACGUUCUGCAGUCACUGCAAGGAUUUUUUGUGGGGCAUCACCAAGCAAGGAUUUCAGUGUCAGGUCUGCACCCUCGUCGUCCACAAGCGCUGCCACGAGUUCGUCAAUUUUGCGUGCCCGGGCGCUGACAAGGGAGCCGAUACGGACGACCCUCGACAGCAACACAAAUGGAAAGUACAGACCUACUCUUCGCCCACCUUUUGCGACCACUGCGGUUCGCUGCUUUACGGGUUGAUACACCAGGGAAUGAAAUGCCAGUCCUGCGACACGAACGUCCACCACAGAUGCGUGAAAAAUGUGCCAAAUUUAUGCGGAACGGACAAUACGGAGAAGAGAGGGAGGAUGCUGGUUGAUAUACGAGUCGAGGGAGGAGAGCUGAGGAUUCAUGUGAAAGAAGCCCGUAACCUCAUCCCAAUGGACCCUAACGGCCUCUCCGACCCGUACGUCAAGUUGAAGCUGAUUCCAGAAGACGCCGGAUGCAAAUCGAAGCAAAAGACAAAAACGCUGAGAGCGACACUCAACCCGACUUGGGAUGAGAAGUUUAGCUACAAACUUCUCCCCACCGACCGGGAUCGCCGGCUUUCAAUCGAAGUUUGGGACUGGGACCGGACGUCGCGCAACGACUUCAUGGGCUCGAUGUCCUUCGGGAUCUCGGAGUUGAUCAAGGAGGGCGUGGCCGGGUGGUUCAAGCUGUUGAACGAGGAAGAAGGCGAAUUCUACAACAUCCCAAUCCCCCCAGAAGACGAGGAGGAGUUCGAAAAGAUGCGUAAAAAGAUGGAGGACUGCAAUGUGCUACUUGGCGAACACAAGACGUCUCGGGAACUGUUUGCUAUCAAAAUCUUGAAGAAGGAUGUGAUUAUUCAGGACGACGACAUCGAAUGUACAAUGACUGAAAAGAGGGUGUUGGCCUUGCCGGACAAGCCGCCAUUCCUCGUCGCUCUUCACUCUUGCUUCCAGACUAUGGAUCGCCUCUACUUCGUGAUGGAGUUCGUCAACGGCGGCGAUUUGAUGUAUCAAAUCCAGCAGGUCGGCAAAUUCAAGGAGCCGGUUGCAUGUUUCUACGCCGCCGAAAUUGCCGUCGGCCUCUUCUUCCUCCACUCCAAGGGGAUCAUUUACCGAGAUUUGAAGCUCGACAACGUCAUGUUGGAACGGGAUGGACAUAUUAAGAUCACCGACUUUGGUAUGUGCAAAGAAGGAAUUACCGGUGACGCGACGACAAAGACCUUCUGCGGUACUCCAGAUUACAUUGCGCCUGAGAUCAUCCUCUACCAACCCUACGGGAAAUCGGUCGAUUGGUGGGCGUAUGGUGUCCUGCUCUUCGAGAUGCUGGCCGGACAACCGCCAUUUGACGGCGAGGACGAAGAUGAACUAUUCACAGCAAUCACUGAGCACAACGUCUCGUAUCCGAAGGCUCUUUCCAAGGAGUCGGUCUCGAUUUGCAAGGGAUUCUUGCAGAAGAACCCGGUCAAGCGGCUGGGAUGUGGUUCGAACGGGAAUAGGGAUAUUCAAGAACACGCCUUCUUCCGGCGGAUAGACUGGUUCAAGAUCGAGGCCCGUCAAGUCCAACCGCCCUUCAAGCCCAAAGUG